AAUUCUCUCUCCAGUCCUUACCAAGUGGGAUAUGGUUAUGAUUAAUGCUUUCAUUAGACGGACCCUCUCAUGCCUAAACCAUGGACUGUUGCGAGAGAGUGUGUGGCCUGCCAUAAAUAAAAAAAUAUGGGCUCUAACAUGUCAUGCCAAGGACACAUUCUAUCUAAUGCAAAACACUUGUUCUGCGUCACCAAACGGUAUAAGAAAUCAGAGGACAUGUAUGACAGUGCUUUUGCGAGACAUCAAAUACCAUAAAACCUGAGUUAACCACAAAACAUCGCUCUGCAGUCAAUGUCCCCUUGAAACGAUCCCUGGAGGAUUGAAGGGCCACUUUGUGAUCUGGCAGAGAUCAGGUACAGGCGAGGGGAUGUUUGGCUCAGCAUGUCUGAAGACAAGCAGCUCCAAGUGCCUCCUUGCUCACCACAUAAAAUGGAGUCCAUCAAAACAUAGUAUGGCUUUGAGAACUGUGAGAACAAUAAAACCGAACAUAACCCAUCCACUCCUCCCCCUACCCCAUCGGAGAAAAAAAAAAGAAUUGGAAACAGAGAGACUCUGCUGCAUGCCAAACCAGGCUUAUUAUCAUUUGAGUGACUCUGCCUGUGGUUCCACUGCCCAUUUAUCUGCAAAUGCUGAGGCCAACGCUACGCCCGCUGAAUCUGGGAUUCAAGAAGAUUUUAACCCAUCAGGAUUUGGGUCCGUUGAGCCAACUGCCCAGUAGCUCCUGCCAGAAAAGCAGACUCUGUUCUCAGCAGAUAAGCAGCACUCAUUAAGGGCAGACAUCACUCAUUUAUGACUGCAAAGAUUUUUUUAUUAGGGUGCUUAGUGACUGCACCACAGCAACAUAAUAUUUAGUGUUUGAGAAGACCUCACCCGUUACAUUCACAGUAGCAGUAUGAGCCAAAUGUGUACUAUUUAUGUCUCCGAAAUGGGGGGAGGGGGGUGUGAUGCUGUUCGCAACUGUAGCCUUUCUCCCUGCCAUUGCAGUUGCUGCAGUGUCAGAUUUAAAAGUAAGCUAAUGUUUGCAUGUUUACUUCUGGGGAUAUUUGUAUUUUUGACUGAGGAUUGUAUUUUUCUGACAGUCUAUGAGAAAUUUCAAAGCAGUACUGUUUUCUUGUUCACAGCACUGUAAUUCAUCUAUCAGACUAAUCCAUUUUGUUGCGUGUUUAUAUAAUGGCACUGACAUACUCAGUGCAGAGGUUAUGCAAUCGCUGGUUUAUUGUUUUGGAGACAGUAGGGAAUAUAAUGCCAUUUAGCCAAAUUAAAGAGUGACUAGGAGACUUGGCACACUGUGUUUGAGAUUGUAUCCUCUGAGCUCAGGAAGACUGCAAAUUCCACAAGGGAUUACUGGAUUAAGAACCCAAAAGGUGAUGCACUUUCUCACAGAAGGGGUAAAAUACAAAGACCAUGCCUGACAGAAUGAAUAUCUCCCUCGAUGCAUCUCUCGACUGUUUCUUUUCAAUUAAAAGCCACUGAUGGAAUGAUAUCAGAGAGGAUUAGGUUGUUGGAUGACUCCUGCAGACCCCAUCCAUCCCCCAUCCUGCUAUCCCCUCUCAUAACCAGUCACACAAUCUCUCUGUCCAUCCCUCUCCCUCUAACUGUAUAUUUCUGUUCAAAUGUUCAAAUUCAAAAACCUUAAUUGAAGAUUUAAAUAUUCAUAUUGCCCAAGCAGAAAAAACACAGGACAAAACGUGCAAGUCAAUAUUAUUAUUUUGCCCCUGCUCGCUCUCCUUUCAGCAUGUGGGGAUGUAUACAUAUAUAUUUUUUCUUAAUAACCAAGCAUAAGCUGUGCACCGCAGAUAAAGCAUUCUGCUGCUGCUAGCUUUAUUGAGAGGCUUAAUGAAUUUUCCCUCACUGAUUACCGAUGACGAGAAGGGCAGAGGGAGUGCAAGCAGGCUCAUAGUCUCUGAAUAUAUGUUUUUUUUAUGUGAGGAAAAUCAGUGAGGAAUAUUGAUUUGUUAUGAUGCAUUGCUGUUUGGUUGACUUUGAGAUCAUACAUCUUAAUAGGAUGGUGGCACCACUGCUUGCAGUUUCUUAUGCAUGUGGAAGAAGGAUUUCAUUUUGAACCUGAGUACUGAAGAAUGUUCACAGGAAGCUUAGCAAUAAUGUUAGGGCAUGCCUGCCCUUUUAGAAAACAUGAUGAGUUCACAAAACACAUCCUCGUGUUGUUUAUUAUUGUAUUGUAUUGUAUGUAUGUUUGGAUUAAUGGAUGUAUACAUUAAGUCCUAAACCUCGUUUUCUUUCUCCUUUUUGCAGACAUAUGAAAGGCUUUUCAAACACGCCGAUCAAAGUAACAAAGAGAUGCUUGAUGUCCAUCGAGAGCCCAUGAAACCAAAGCAUGAGCGGAAAAACAGUGACAUGCACCAAGUGGACCGGACAAAACCACCAGCACCAGAGGCAUUAUCUCAUGGAAACUUAACAGAUUCAGAGUCAAAAACAGAAUUCCCGGGCAAUAGCAAGAGCCCACAGUCCGGAUCUACCAUCACUCUCUCGAGCAAGCUGCUAGCAAAAAAAGUUGUGGAAGGUCCACCUCUGUCCUACUGCGGCACUGGAAUGUCUUUCCAGUUUGGAGACCCACAGAUAUCAUCAACAGAAAAUGUAUCGAUGGCCACGCCCACAGACUCUAAUAAUAUUUUGAUGCAUUCCUCUUUGAGCAAAGAAAGGGGUGUACCAGGUGUCACAGAGCAGGUGUUUGGAAAUAUCAAGAGGAAGUACGGCAGGAGGGACUCAAUGAGGACCCUGGGUGGUAGUAACAAUUCAGAUAUGCUGUGGUCCAAGAAGGUCGAGAAGGGCAUAGAAUUUCCUGGUCCAGACAAUGUUAAAGAGAGGCACUUGUGUGGACUGGAGAAAGCUGAGACACAGAGUGUAGAGGCUGAUAGCUGUAGUAAGAAAAUGGAGGAUGAGGCCAAGACAUUGCAUAGCUCUGUCCCUAAGCUGAUAGACGAAUCAAAAGGCAGGAAGCGGAAGAAUCGCAGAGUCAAAGAGGAUGAGAUCUCCUUGGAUGAUGCACCAAUGACGCAGGUUCCUGAUAGGAACAGUAAACCUGAUCAAGGUAGCCAGGAAUCAAAGGAAUUGUUUAAAGAAAAACAAACAGAGAGGAGUCCUGUUAGAACAGGGGCAGAUAUGGUAGCAAAUGUUUGUAAUGUGGACAAUAGUCCAAGCAGGCAGAGAAAAAACCCAGUUGGCAGACCAAGAGCAAUGCUUGAUUCAAACAAACAAACUGACAGACGGCAGUCCAAAGCUAAGGACAGGUGGUCAUAUUUAAAUAGCCCAAGCCCUCAGAAAGAAAGUUGCCAUAUUUUAUCAAUUGAAGAUCCCCCUUCAGCCUACCCCAUAACACCAGCAAGCCCCCUAUACACCAACACGGACAGUUUGACUGUCAUAACCCCCGUGAAGAAGAAGCGUGGGCGACCCAAGAAACAACCGCUGCUUACUGUUGAGACCAUUCAUGAAGGAACUGCUACAAGUCCAGUCAGUCCAAUUAACCAAGACUCACUAGGAGCAAAGAAAAGAAAGAGGGCCCAUGAUUUGUCAGAUAUAGUGAAACUGGCCUUAAACAACCCCUCUCCUCCCCAUCAAUUGAAACUCAAUAAAACCAGUCACCUUGGUGUCUUUAAAAAGAAGUCAGUCAAAAAAAUGAAAUUAGUUAAGAUGCAAAGCAUAUUAAACGAACUCUUGUCAGGCUCUAGCACUAGCAAUCUUGCCCUGAAGUCUAAUUCUCCUGCUUCAAGUGCCGUGUCAACUAUGGCAUCGACAAUCGAGGCCCGUCUUGGCAAACAAAUCAAUGUGAGUAAGCGAGGGACUAUUUAUAUUGGCAAAAAAAGGGGAAGAAAGCCCAGAGUUGAUCUACAGGCUCAGCAAGAUGAGCACAAAGAUAAGCACUCUAUGCCUGUUCCUAGCCAGUUUGAGAACCUUGUAGUGCCUUCUAAUCCAUCGACAGCAACCGGGAUGCCUUCUCCAAGGGUCAUGCUGCCACUAUCUCCAGGAGCAGGUGGGAUGCCUUCUCCAAGGGUCAUGCUGCCACUAUCUCCAGGAGCAGGUGGAAUGUUGUACUCUGCCACCAAUGAAUCCAACCAGCAAGACCUGAAGACCAUGCCAAAUCUACAGCCUAUCAGUGCUUUGCCUACGAAAGCCCCCAGGGGAUUGCUUAGCAGUAACUGGAAGCUUUCUCCCCCUAGACUUAUGGCGAACUCGCCAUCACACCUUUCAGAGGUGGCAUCAAUCAAAGAAGUCACCUUGUCCCCCAUCAGCGAGUCCCACAGUGAAGAGACAAUCCCAAGCGACAGUGGCAUUGGCACUGACAACAACAGCACAUCGGAUCAAGCUGAGAAAGGACCAGCAUCUCGCAGGAGGUACUCUUUUGACUUUUGUAGCUUCGAAGCUGCAGAAGGAGCUGCACUUGAUGCUUCUGGCAAAGCGACGAGAGGGCACUACCCGAAACGUAUAUCAGCGGCGGCUGUAGAGAAAUUUCUCGCUCAGGAAAGCAUGAAGAAACAGAAGCACCGACGAAAGCGCAAGGGUCUCCAGAGAGGGGAUGACUUGCAGUUCCUGGCCAACCUUGAGGAACUGAUCAGCAAGUUCCAGGUCUUCAGAAUCUCUCAUCGCAGCUACAAUUUUUAUCGAGAAAAUUCUUAUCCCAGCAUCUUUCGAGUCAAUUUUGACCACUAUUAUCCUAUGCCAUACCUUCCUUAUGAUCCUGUGCACUAUCUUCGCAGAAAUUCAGAGAAAUCAAAGAAGCGGCGUGGCAGACCAGCCAAAUCCAAUGAGCCAACGAUGCGGAUGCCUUUCAUUCAAGGGUUUGGCUACCCAAUGCCUGGUGGCAAUUACUAUGCACCGUACGCAAUGCCUUACACAUCCAUGCCUCUUGCUACUAGUAUGAUGAAUAUGGGCUGUUAUGGCCAAUACCCCCCUCCAUUUUAUUUACCUCAUGGACUGGGGGCAGCAGCGUCCCCCUUCAUGAGGCCACAGAUCCCUCCCCCCAAGUUCCAUUCUGGUACUUACCCCAAACUUUCGACUGUAACCAGGCAUAGAGCAAAAAGCAUGCCCCACACCAUGUCCUCAAAUGGAAUGGGUGACACACAGCCUGCAUAUGUGGCUCUCAAAGGAAGUAACAGCAGCUUGGCGAGUGUCUGUCUCCACAAACGCAAACACAAGCACAAGCACAAACACAAGGAUGACCAGUACUCUGUCUCCGAGACGGACGACCUGGGUGGACUUUUCAGUGGAACCAACAAUCCCGCCUUUCGUAACCUUUUAAACGAGAGAAUGGAGAAGGACUCGUCUUUGGCAAAGCUGAAGGAGAAGCAGAGGAACCAGCAAAGCACAGACGCCCUGAUGAGAAAACCCAGGAACUUUUUUGAGGUGGACCCACUCUCGACACUAUCCUUAUCCGACAUACAGCACUGCAAGCGUGUCAGAGGGGAAACAGCUGACAGCUUCCGUAACAUGUGUGCACGCCAGCCACUCAAGUGCUCUCAGGCCAGUCAGGAUGGGUCACUGGAUCUGUUCGCACAGCAGCGCGCCUGUGACGAGGCGACGGGCUUGCGGAGCCAGAGGCACAGCCUACUUGGCUACAGGACCUACAGAGAGGGAAGCUCAGUGUCAUUCCAGAAUCCAAGACAGGAGGGGACCAAACAGCUGUUCCAUGGGUCGAAUCCUGCAUUAGCAGUGUUACUAUGUCCAGCCAUUCUGGGAGAGCUCUUCCCAUUGAAAGGGUACUAUUACUGGGAGACAGUGGUGUCAGGCUGCUCAUCCUACCGCCUUGGUGUGGCAUAUAACUCAACCCCCAGUGACAGCCUUAUGGGAGAGAACAGUACCUCCUGGUGUCUGCACUGUGUUCCCACAUCAAGCAGCUGCAGGUUUGAGCUGCUCCACAACAGUGUGCAGACCGACAUUUUCCUUGUGGACGUGCCGACGCAUAUCGGAACCCUGCUGGACUUUACCCAAGGGCGUCUGGCGUUCAUCAACGCCCAGAAUGGCCACCUCCUGGGCUCCACGCAGCACAGGUUUACAGAGGCCUGCCAUGCCGCCUUCGGCCUGGAAAGCCCAGGAAGCCUGAGCCUUCACACGCUGCUGGAGGUGCCAGAGUUUGCAAGGCACUGCUAGUGCAUCUGGUUAGCUUAUCUCCCCUCUUUGACGUACUCCCAAAGUCUGCCUUUAUAGCAGGUCCAUUUCUGUGAUUGCGAAUAGAAACUUGUUUCACUCUAGAACUUGUGUUGAGUCGGUGUGACUGGGUUGUACUUUGGGUUGAUUCAGUUUGUGUUGAAGAAGUAGAAAACAGCCUUCGUUUUCCACCAAUGUUUGCUGAGUAGAUUUUAUUGAAAAAAACAUGCAAUUUGCAGUUGUUGAAUUUACAGUUACUGAAAUAAAGAAAUAUUUUGUAAAUAUGGGAAACUUUACUAGAGAAAUUGAUUAAAUCGAUUGAAAAAUGUAUUUAAUCAUUUGUUGGAUACCAUUUACAGAGUUAAUAUUUACACUUUAACCCUGUAAUUUUGGUUUCUGUACUAACAGGGCAGUGAGCCAACAGAAUAUCAACGUAUUUGUUUAUGUAUGACAUUAACAUUUCAGAACUAUGUCUAUGCUGUUUUUUUUCUUCUUUUCAACAAGUCGCACCUUUUCAGUUCAAUGUUUCUAUUUUCUAUACUAUUAAGUGUACAUACUCCGUAUCACAAUUUGACUCGUCUGUUUUCCUUUAUUGUAAAUGUAUACCUCUAAUGGGUGUGCCCUAUGAAAUAGCCUAUUUUUGUAUUUGAAUGAGGAGUACUGAGAAAAUAAAAUGUUUCUGUAUUAACAAAAGUCAAAUUACAGUACUCCUCUGCUGCAGAUUAACUUUUAUCUGAGAAUUUAAUGUUAUUAUUUCAAAUCAUAAACAUAAAUAUUACAUAUGAAAGUAAUCCAUAUGCAUGUUGUUUUUUGCAACUGAAUAGGGAGAAUGUUAUGACCUGUGACUAUAUGUUUUUUAUGGGGCCAGAGGCGAACAGACUAGUUUGUGAAGCAGAUAUUUAUUUCAGAUAAAUGAGGCAAUUAUUUAUUUAAGUGAUCUCUGAGUCUCAGGGUUCAUGCGGUCAUGGAAAUCCUGGAAAAGGCAUGUAAUUUUAAUAUCCCAUUUUUUAGGCCUGGAAAAGUCAAGAAGUAAAUUGAUUUGAAGUUUUGGAAGUCAUGACAUUUGAUUUGGUCAUAUGUAAGUCUAAAGAAAUUAAUUAUGUUAUUGUACUCUUCCACUGAUAAUGUUUUCUUGUGUGAAAGUCUGCAGGGUGAUGUAGUUUCCACUUGAAUUGACGUAGCUUAACAAGCCUUAUAGAAAAAAAAUGCAAAGGUUUUUUAAUUUUCAUUCAAUAAUUAGAACCAACAUGUGGAGUAAAGUACACAUUUUGUGUAAUUGUAGGUUGUGAAAGGUCAUAAAAAUAUUAUUAUAGAAAUCAAUGGCAAUGAAAAUGGGUGGGAACCCUGGAGGCUGAAUGCACACCAAUUAUGCUGUUUUUGAGUGCAGUUGUUGGCAUAUUAUCCACUAGAUGUCCCUGAAGAUCUUUUUAUUUUAUUUUUUGGCUUUAAUUUGUACAUCACCAGUUUAAUAUUUUUCUGUAAUAAAAGUAUCCUGCACCCAACCGCGAAAACAAAGCACAUUUAUUUAAAAUAUUAAAGUGAAAUCCAAUCAAUGUACUAAAAAGUUGUUAUGCUUUGAAAUUCAGUGACAAUGCCUAUAAGUAUAUAGGAAGCACUAUACCUUAGGAGAAGGUGUGCUUACAAAAUGAUGGACAUAUUCAUCACAACAGAAAACUACAAAUAGUCACAAAUUGUUAAACUAUGGGGUUUGAUUCACUGGUACGGUAGUCUGAAAACAGAUGGACAACACUACUGUAUCAGAAGGAACCAGCUUACAGAUGGAACAUUCUGUAAGACAGACAAAACAAACCGACAUGUGCAUGAACUCAAAGCAUGGCGUGGUUUCAAAGCACUGACGUGCAAAUUACACAAAUGUUUCAUGUUUGUUUUUUAAAUACUGCCAUAGGUGGUCAAAAAUACAAUGAAUAUUGUUUUUAGUAUUGUGCUGAAUAUGUUGUAUAUUACUAUUGUUCUUUUUCUUUAUCCAUCAUAUAUUUGUGGAAGUUGGUUUGAUGGACCUCUGAUGGAAGAUGUUUGAUUGCAAAUUUAGUUUUAAGAAAACUGAACCUCUCUUUUAAUUGACUCCCCCAAGAAAUUGGCGUGAUACACUGCUUGUUGAAUUUUUUUUAUUUGUACUUUCUGGUUCUGAGUGAGCCUCACACGCAAACUAUGCUGAAACAGUUUACUUUUCCAAUGACACGUCCCUGAGAAUAAUUAAAUGAUUGCUUUCUGGCCA